AUGAAGCCGUUAAUUGAUUUUGAUGAAUGUCUCAGAGAUUCCCCUAAAUUCAGAGAACAACUGGAGACUGAGGAGGCGAGUAUUGACUCGCUGGAACUGAAAUUGGAUAAAGUUUUGAAGUCAUGUUCUUUAAUGGUGGAGUCGGGCAAAACGUACAUGACUCAUAGAGGCACUUUUGCAAAUGCCCUCUGGGACUUAACUGGCAGUUUCUCCGAGGACCCCACUGUGAUGGCAGCCUUAAACCGCAUGAUUCAUGCACUGCAGGAGAUGAAUAAGUACCAUUCCAUUCUACUGGACCAGGCUUCUAGGACUGUCUUGAAGAAUCUCACAGCUUUUAUUAAAGUAGACAUUAAAGGUGUUAAGGAAAGCAAACAUCACUUCGAGAAAAUCUCAAAUGAUCUGGAUAUAGCUCUAAACAGAAAUUCACAGGUGUCUCGUCAUAAACCGCAAGAUGCGGAGGAAAUAGUAAAUCUGUUGCUUGCAACGAGGUCAUGCUUCCGGCACACGGCGCUCGAUCAUGUACAGAAGAUUACGAUGCUACAGGCCCGCAAACGACAUGAAAUUCUUGCCACUUUCCUGUCGUACGUACAAGCCUGCUGCACUUAUUAUCAUCAGGGUGCGGACUUGUCUGAGGAUUUGGAGCCUUUUUUGAAGUCUACUGCUGAGGAGAUUUCAACAAUGCGUAACGACACAAAAAUACUCGACAAGGAGAUGGAAAACCGACACACGAUCGUCAACAGUAAAGACACUGUGUUGCCAAGCUGUAAUACAAAUGACAAUGACAGCGAUUGCAAAGACGGACUUCUGAGUACACCAUGUCUCAAAAACAUGCCUCGUAUGCAAGGAUACUUAUUCAAAAGAACGUCAAAUGCUUUCAAAACUUGGAAUCGUCGGUGGUUUUACUUAUACGAUAAUCGACUUGUCUAUAGAAAAAGAACCGGUGAACUUAACGUGACAGUGAUGGAAGAAGACUUGAGGCUGUGUACAGUGAAACCUGUACAUGAUGGAGAAAGGCGGUUUUGCUUCGAAGUUUUGUCGCCAUCCAAAAGCCACAUGCUCCAAGCGGACUCCGAAGAAAUGCUCAACUCGUGGAUAUCAGCUUUGCAAAACGGCAUUCGAUCAGCGAUCCAGCAAGGGCAAAGCAGAGAGAAUCCGGAGUCUCAACUAGUACUAGUACCCGAUGACACCAGACACAAUGACAAUCAGUAUUUGACCAGUGGACCUAUGAAGAAAGUCAGGAUAUGGGAGCAGCUGCUGAGCAUUCCGGGCAACAACAGCUGCUGCGACUGCGGCAGCGCUAACCCGCGAUGGGCCAGCAUCAACCUCGGCAUCACGCUCUGCAUAGAAUGCUCCGGAAUACAUCGAUCGUUAGGCGUUCAUGUGAGCAAAGUCAGAUCAUUGACCUUAGAUGAUUGGGAACCUGACAUUAUAAAGGUGAUGGCAGAACUAGGUAAUAAAGUAGUGAACCUAAUCUAUGAGGCUAACACUGAAGGCACUACGAUUACUAGAGCAACUCCUGACUGUGAGACGUCGGUUCGCGAAGCGUGGAUCCGGGCGAAGUACGUGAACCUAUCAUUCGUGAAGGACCUGGUGAAUCCCUCAAGCGUGACUGACGCAGCCAAUGGUGCUGGGGCAGUUUCGCCGCUCAGAAAUGCAAGGCGGUGGUCGGUGAGGAGGACACGACGCAGAGUGCGUGCACCUUCAGUGCCUGAGACGAUCAACGACGAAAAAAGUGACAAAAGUGAUGUCAACAGUAACUCUAGUGUGGAAUGCGACGGCAAAUCACAAGGCAGCCCCGUGUUGGUGAUUGGUGCUGAGUUAGCAAGCGAACGUGAAAUUGAUCUCAGUCUGCCAUCUGACCACGACUCUACAGAGGGAGAGGAUGGAGAUGAAAGAACCACCGAAGACAUGUCGCGCCUGUCGCCGCCCGCGGUGCUGCUGCUGGCUGCGCGCGCGCACAACGUGCCGGUGAUGCGCGCGGCGCUGGCCGCCGGCGCCGACGUCAACCACGUGCACGCCAGGGGCCGCACGCCGCUGCACGCCGCCGUCCUUAGCGGUUCAGUGAUGGCGUGCUCAUUUCUCCUGCUGAACGGAAGCAAGCUCAACCUGCAAGACGAUGACGGCAAAACGCCAUUGCAUCUUGCCACAGAAAGCGGCCACACGGGACAAGUAUGUCUAUUACUACGGUACCGCGCGGACCAGUCGAUCGCAGAUAAUGAAGGCAACACGCCUUUGGAUAUCGCCGUGAGUCACGCUAACGCUGACAUUGUCACAUUACUGCGGCUAACAAAGCUCAACGAAGAGAUGCGGGAAAGCGAGAUGUCGUCAAACGACGAUACGUACAACGAGGUCUUCCGCGAUUACACGCAGCUGGCUCAUUCGCACCCUGAGAGGUUAUUACGUCACCGCCAUAACAACAACGAAGGUGAACCACCAAGCGAAUGACGAAGCGAGACCACGCGGCGGUGGUGGCUGUGGUAAGAAUACGACUAGCACUGGCGGUCGGCACUGCGGUCAAUCUUUAUUCUAUGGUUAGUUUUUCGUACCGUUUACAUUUUUGACAUUGUUCGCGUAGUAAUACAAAUUUGAAUUUGUAUUCAAUUGAGGCUACUAUUAGGGCGGGGGACAGAUGUGACGCCUACAAUACGUUUUAACUUGUUACGAUGGUCUAUUCUACAUAUCCCCAUUGGGAAUGCUAACCAGUGCUACUGACUACGGAUUUGUGGGGAUAAUUUAGCCAUCACUGCCACUGGGAGUGUUCUCCACAUUGUCAGUAGAGAUUUGUGGAAGAAACCGAUUUGUCCCAAGCCUUAAAACUGUGCUUUGUUAAAGUUUUGUAAUUACGACGAUUAUUGUUUAAAGGUGUCACGAAAAAAACUAAUUUUAAUGACGAUAUUUUUGCUGAUAUUUUAAAGUAAGACCCAAACUGACUUACAAUCAUAGUAUAAUAAGAACAAGUAGUGCAACUCCCGCCUGUUCGCGUAUAAAUGCCUACGUUUCGCUCGGAGCGUAGGGUUGUUACAUUAUUAUUUUAGUUAUAUCUAUAGGCUGUAAACAUCGUUUAAGAAAAUCCAGAAGUUGUCCAUCACAGUAUUCUUGUGCUAUAUUGAAAUAACCUUUGUUAAACGCAGUAGGUAUAGUUGAAGAAAUAUUAUUUGCACCGAUGAAUGUUAUCUCUUGGAACGGCUUAUCCUGUCUAUUACAAUAGGGUAAUAAAAUCAUUAACACUUCUUUUGCUUAAAGCGUACACGGAUUUAACGAUCUUGGUCCAUCGUACCAGUCAUGGAAUCACUAAAUCCUUUUUCUGUAUUCUAGUUUUCAAUUAUUUCGUAAAAUACCGACUGCCGACCUUUUCCUACUAAUUCAACAAGUUAUUUACGCAUAAAGAUGAUCAAGUUUAGAAGGAAUGCGUAAAAAGCACUAUACAGAUGGCACGUGCGUUACAGAGACCGUUCAGUCUUUUGUUCUAUUGUACUCUAAAAAUUAAGCGAUAAGAAGAAUCGGUGCAAAUAAUAUUUCGCCAACUAUACUAUACUUACGUAUUGAUAUUUUGAAAUGCUGAACAAUACUCAAUUUGAGACACUCCUGUUCAAACUACCACAAACAUAACAAUAAACACGUCUACUAUUUUGAUGUCACUUUCUAAACUUCGAUCGAAAGCUUCAAAUGUAUAAUUAAUGACACUUGUGACGACACACGCUAUGCAAUGUGAGUGCACCGCGAGAUCAUGCGAGUGUAUGCACCUGUACACGGCGUGAGACGGCCAUGCACACAUACAAGCCGCGUUGCUACUUUUAUAUGGACUUACAUACUUGUUUUAUUAUACUAUGAUACAAUGUAUUUUUUCAGUUUAUUCCAUUAUCAAUAUUUUGACAAAUCUGAAAGCCACUACAGCAAAGACUAGGUCACGCUGUAAUUUACACUAUAUAUUCCGCGUCAUUUUGACGAAAAACUUUUUAUUUUAAAAUUAGUAAGGCUGUCUUCAUUCGUCUUUUAAAUGGCUUAAAACUUUUUACACAUUUUUUUUUAUUUGAUGUAAGAUUUUACAAUAAUGAUUAGUGACAUAUUUAGUCU